AUGAACACGGAAUCUGGGGUCCAGGAGACGUCCACCCACGAACAAACACAGAAACAGCAGGUGAUGCUGCUGCCUCCACAAGGCAAACAGAAUGGCAGUGCCGCUGCUGCUUCUGCUGCUGCCGCCGUGAAACACGUUACUAAGCUCUCCACGUCCUCGCCCGAGGCUAUCAAGGUGGCCUCGGAAAUCACUCCUACUCGGCUUGCCAAUCUUUUGAUCAAGAAGGGACCGUUGCCAAUCAGGCUUAUCACGUCCCAGUUGGCUGUGGAAGUGCCAGGGUUUGACCUCUUGUCGCUUUCCAAGCAGCGUCGUCUUAUCAUGGCUGCUAUGGAGGCAGGUGACUCAGAAAACAAUGUUGUAUUUGAGAAAAUCGGCUGGGGCCAGUGGGCUGUUAGAAGAAAAGACUCCGAUUACAUUGUCACUGAAGGGAGUAACACCGAUGAUAAAGCACGUAUCAGUGUUCACGAGCUUAAAGAGAAGGCCAAGCUUGGCUGGUCUAAGAAAGAGCCCAAGAAAGAGCUGGCACUCAGUUCUCGUCGUGACUCCAUCUCCAACGGCAAGCAUAACCUCCACAACGUUAGUGUUCCUGGCGAAGCGCUAGACGGCGGUUCUGGCGAACCGGUGGAUUCCGAAUCGGACGACGAGGACGAGGCAACGCCUUUUUCGGAUGAAGAAGAACUCAAUAAGCUCAGAAUGGCUCGUUUCGGAACCGCCGAGGUCGAUGACAAUGCUAUCGCCGAGGAUUCAGAUGAAGACGAUAUGGAUACCGCUGAAGAUGGUCUUUUCCAGUUUGACCAUGACGAUAGCAGAAACGAACGCAGGUGGAAGAAACUGCCUCCUGUUCUGUUUGCCAACCGCGUCCCUUUGAAGGUGCUGCCACCUCCACAUCUUCUGGGCUCUCGCCGGAAGCUGUCGCUGUCGGCUGGCGCCAACUCGGUUACGAAAAGUGCCCACAUGGGUUACUCGAACCGUCAUCAAUUGUUCAGCAGACUGAGACUCAACUCGAUCGAAAACUUAGACAACUACAUCGUAUCUUCGGGUCGUGGGCUGCUGAUUUCUGUAUCAUCACCCCCUCCUCCUUCAGGUUCCGUCCUUUCGGUGUCUCCAAUUGGCUCCUGGUCGGCCUCUACGAAUCAUUUACACCCAGGCACGUUUAACGUGUCUGCAGAAAAUUUCGGCAACACUAUUGGUGGUAGAAGAAAGUCAAGUUUCAACGAGUCUAGCAUCCGUUCUACGUUGCUGUCGUCACUCCCUAAAAAUACAGCUAAUGGUGCUAACGGCACGAAAACUACGAAGCAAGAAGCUUCAGAUACCGACGAAGAAGACUGGGCCACCAUUGGUGCUGAGUCUUUGCGGAAACACAGUGCUGGUUCGCUGACGACGCCGGGCAAAGAAGACAGCUUGAGAAGCGAGGAAAAGCGGGCUGCUCGUGCUUUGGUCGACUUGAUGUCGAUAUAG